CGCGGCCCCGGCCGGCCCCGUCCAUGGUGCGGCGCGGGGCGGGAGGCGGCCGCGCACCCGCCGCUGUCCCCUAGCGCAGCCGCUGCAAGCUGCUCUCCCCACCCUUUUUUUUUUUUUUAUUUCCCUCCCCCUUCCCUCCACCCCCCCUCCUUCUUUCUCUUUUAAGGGAGCGGAGAAAAGUGAAGCUUCGGCUCAAUGGUGCUGCGGGAGUCCCGGUAAAUGUCCAUCUGUCCGGUGCGGAUGAUGCAGAGGACAUUUUUCACAAGGAGCCUUUGAACUCCGUAGACACAUAGGCACCCAUUCACGGGCAGGCACACGCACACACACGCGAGGAGGAGGAGGAGGAAGAAGAAGAAGCAACAACUUUUCGAUCGCUGCUUUUAAAAGGGAGAAGCCCUUCCCUGGCCGGGACUUGCCUUCUGCCUCCCAAACCGGCUGCUAAAAGUAUGUUUCUGGGGCGGACUGCACUUCAGGGAACUUCUGGUUUCUGCUCGGCAGCUGUAGAGGAGCAGCAGCGAAGUUCGGAGUAACACCAAGUGAUGCGGGAAAAACACCCCGAGAGCAGAAAACCCUCCUGCAGACACAACCCCUGCUGCUGCACACAGGUAUAGCUCCGGCGGUCGCAGAGCCGCUGCAAGCCUUCCCGCAGGAUGACUCCGAGGGCCACGGCGGAGGUGCCGGCGCUCUGCAAGAGAGAGGGGGGCCGGGCCGCUAACGAUAACCAUAACGAGAGUAGUAACCCGGCGCCGAGUUUCACGGGGGAGAAGAACGUCCUGUGGGUUUGGCUGAGGACCUAGCAGGAUUGGUCCACGAUGGGUGCCGCGACCCGCUCCCUCCUGGCGCUGCUGCUCUGCCGGGUGCUGCUGGGCGGCGCGGCCGGCCUCAUGCCUCCCGGGGGCCGGCGGCGCCUCGGCGAGCCCGGCCGCGCCGCCCCGGCCGCGCAGCGCCCCGAGGAGCUCCUGGGCGAGUUCGAGCUGCGCCUGCUCCACAUGUUCGGGCUGAAGCGGCGGCCCAGCCCCGGCAAGGACGUCGUCAUCCCGCCCUACAUGCUGGACCUCUACCGCCUGCACGCUGGCCAGCGGCUGGGGCAGCCGCCGGCGCUGGGCUACCCGCUGGAGAGGGCCGCCAGCCGCGCCAACACCGUGCGCAGCUUCCACCACGAAGAAGUUUUGGAAGAACUGCCAGAAACGAGUGGGAAAACAGCACGGCGUUUCUUCUUUAAUUUAACUUCCAUCCCUAAUGAGGAGUCUAUCACCUCAGCUGAACUCCAGAUUUUUCGGAAACAGGUGCACGGAGCCUUUGAGAACAACAGCAGCUACCAUCACCGUAUUAAUAUUUAUGAAAUUAUAAAGCCAGCCACAGCCACCUCUAAGGACCCUGUCACAAGACUUUUGGACACCAGGUUGGUGCAUCAUAAUGCAAGUAAAUGGGAAAGUUUUGAUGUAACGCCAGCUGUUUUGAGGUGGAUUGCACAUGGACAACCUAAUCAUGGGUUUGUGGUAGAGGUGGUUCACUUGGACAAAGAGAACAGUGCCUCCAAGAGGCACGUUAGGAUUAGCAGGUCUUUACAUCAGGAUGAAGAUAGCUGGUCUCAGCUCAGGCCGUUAUUAGUAACGUUUGGGCAUGAUGGCAAGGGACACCCGCUUCAUAAAAGAGAAAAGCGUCAAGUGAAACACAAACAGCGUAAACGCCACAAAUACAGUUGCAAAAGGCAUCCGUUAUAUGUGGACUUCAAUGAUGUGGGGUGGAAUGACUGGAUUGUUGCCCCGCCGGGGUAUAGUGCCUUUUACUGCCACGGGGAAUGUCCUUUUCCACUGGCAGACCAUCUAAACUCAACAAACCAUGCCAUUGUUCAGACUUUGGUCAAUUCAGUGAAUUCCAAAAUCCCCAAGGCUUGCUGUGUGCCGACAGAACUGAGUGCUAUUUCAAUGCUCUACCUUGAUGAGAACGAAAAGGUUGUAUUAAAGAACUAUCAAGAUAUGGUUGUGGAGGGUUGUGGGUGCCGCUAACACAGCAAAUAUAUUAGACAAAUACAAAAAGAAAAAAAAAAAAGCUGACACUUUAAUAUUUCCCAAUGAAGACUUUAUUUAUGUAAUGAAAUGGAAAGAAAAAAAAACACAACUAUUUUGAAAAUAUAUUUAUGUCUACGAAAAAGUUGGGAAAACAAAUAUUUUAAUCAGAGAAAUAUUCCUUUAAAGAUUUUAAAUGUAUUUUAGUUGUACAUUUUAUAUGGGUUUAACCCCAGCACAUGAAGUAUAAUGGUCAGAUUCUUAUUUUGUAUUUAUUUACUAUUAUAACCACUUUUUAGAAGAAUAGAUAAUUUGUAUUUAUAUGUAAUCAAAAAGAAAAAAAUAUAGGGUUUGUACAUAAUUUUCCAAAAUUGUAGCUGUUUCAAUUGUGUGUAUUUAAGUUGAAAAGAAUACAUGGAAGGUUACUAUGGCAAAGUGCAUAGCACAUUUGCUUUCUGCUGUGCUACUGUUAAGGUCACAAGUUCAAGUCCAGAAAAAAGUGGAUAAUCCACUCUGCUGACUUUCAAGAUUAUUAUAUUGUACAAUUCUCAGGAAUGCUGCAGGGUGGGCUGUCCAGUCCAUGAGAACUGGCAUCCUCUUUAGGUGGAACAUUUGGAUAAGAACCAGACGUUGCUGAUCUAGUAUAAAUACUGCUAUUCCCAACUAAUUUGCAGAGUGAAUAUAAGAAGGGCCAAUAGAAGUCCUAGGGGAGGUGGGGGUGGGGGAAGACUGAGUCCUUUCUAGACCUACAGAAAAGUGAAUGUUUGAUGUUUCCUUUAAAAGUCCUUCCUUCAAAAGUCCUGGCCAAAUAUAAAAUAAUAAAAAUUAAAAUGUCAUCA